AAACCCGUUCGCGGCGGAUUGGGGAAGACAAUAGAACGAACAUUGUAUGUCCUAUUAUUGGUGUGGUUUUAAACAAUGUUGUGAGAAUAAAAAAAACGCAGUAGUUUGAAAAGUUGAACCAUGGAUUAGUCCCCUAAAAUCUCGAGUGCUGCAACACUGCUUGGAAUUGAAUUGGUUUAAGUGACAAUUGAUGGCAUUGUAAAACCUGACGACUGAAGGGAUAUUUCAAUCGUACCAAAUAGUUAAUUUUCAAUGCGUAGCCAUAGUGCUAGUUAGUGUUGUUUAUAUCCAUUAACGAACGCGCUGGAUUAGUACGUACUUGAUCUUGUUGGGUUAGCGAACUAAAUAAAUAUCAAAUUGUACGUACGUGAGGGUCAUGAUAUUAGGAUUUGAAAUAUUCGCAUGCUUUACGAUAGUAACAACAUGUAUCACAAGCAUCGCCGGAGAGGGCUACCAUUGCACCACGCAAAAACCACCUUCGUCUCUCUUCAGGACAAGUCUCACUUUCAACGAUAUCCUGCCAGAGGAUCCAAAGCUGUACGACAAAAUGCGUCCACCGAAGAAGGAUGGGCAACCAACAACGGUACUGUUCCACGUUACCGUCAUGGGGCUCGAUUCGAUUGACGAAACCUCGAUGACGUACGCCGCGGAUAUUUUCUUCGCCCAAACCUGGAAGGAUCACCGGUUGCGACUGCCGGAGAACAUGACCUCCGAGUACCGGCUGCUAGAGGUGGAGUGGCUGAAGAACAUGUGGCGACCGGAUUCGUUCUUCAAGAACGCCAAAUCGGUUACCUUUCAGACGAUGACCAUUCCCAAUCACUACAUGUGGCUGUACAAGGACAAGACGAUACUGUACAUGGUGAAGUUGACGUUGCGGUUGUCGUGUGCGAUGAACUUCCUGAUCUACCCGCAUGACACUCAGGAAUGUAAGCUGCAAAUGGAGAGCUUGUCUCAUACGACGGACGACAUGAUCUUCCAGUGGGAUCCCGAGGUACCACUCGUCGUUGACGAACACAUCGAACUUCCCCAGUUGGCGCUGGUUAAGAAUAAUACCGCCGAUUGUACGCAGGUGUAUUCUACGGGUAACUUCACCUGUCUUGAGGUUAUAUUCGUUCUCAAACGACGACUCGGUUAUUACUUGUUUCACACCUACAUUCCAACAUGUCUUAUUGUUAUUAUGUCGUGGGUAUCGUUUUGGAUCAAACCUGAAGCCGCCCCGGCCCGGGUCACCCUCGGAGUCACCUCGCUGCUGACCCUCUCCACGCAACACGCAAAAUCUCAAGCAUCUUUGCCGCCGGUAUCCUAUCUCAAAGCGGUAGACGCAUUCAUGUCCGUCUGCACGAUAUUCGUGUUCAUGGCCCUGAUGGAAUAUUGUCUGGUCAAUAUCGUUCUGGGCGAUUCGGAACCACCAGUUGCUGCCAAACCGCCGCCACCAAAAUUGGACCGGUUCUUCGACUUGUCCACCAAGAACGGCAAGCGUAGUAGCAAAUCGCAUGAGAAUAGUGAAACAACAACGAUUAACACCUUCCAGAGACAGGAAAGCACCUUGCUGCUCUCUCCAGUUCCGCACAUCCAGACGAUUCCUCCUCCGCCGAGCAAACCAGCGUCGGCCAUUCCGAAGCUAACCCCGGCGCAGAUCCGGCUGAAGAGAGCCAUCAACAUUGAUAGAUUCUCGCGAGUGUUUUUCCCGCUACUAUUCACGCUGCUUAAUGCCGCGUAUUGGAUAAUGUUCUACGAGUACAUCUAAGCUCUGGAAGAACUGCCGCCAAUAGAAAUAGUUAAUUUGUAAUUAGUCGAUUCAGUAUUAGCAGUAGUGGAUAGCAUAAAUGCAUUUAAUGGUCCUUUGAAUUACGAAGGCUUCAUACCACCCUUACGUGAUGAUUUCAAUUUGAUAGUGAGAUACUAUUAAAAACAACAUGUACAGAUCUAUAUCUACAUAGCCGGCAAUUUGGCACAAAAAAUAACACAGUGAUGUUUGUAGAAUGAUGAUGAUCAAAUAUUUGGAGAAACAUUAGAAACCCAGAAAGCUACCAUUUAAGAUUGUUUAACGUAAUAAGUAAUAACUUGCAGAGUUCUUCAAUGUGAACGUGUAGAAAAUUCGCAGUCAUAUCUACUCGGCAGUAGAUAACGGUAGUGUCAUGUUUCCUUAUACUAUCGUUGCAUGUUAAAAUGGAAUGUGUCAUGUAUUGAAAUAAAGUUUAGUGUACUUGAUAUUGGUUAUUUAAA